AUUGUAAGAACAGUAAUGUCAGUCGAAGCAAAAACGUUCACGAACAAAUCUAAUGGCGAAACAUUCACAAAAGGCACUUACAACGGUAUUGAAGUCUUACGUAGAGACAAGGAUGGUUAUAUAAAUGUAACAAAUAUGUGUCAGCAGUUUAGGAAAGACUUUAGAAAGUUGUUGGAAAAUAAGUCCUGGGAAGAGUAUUAUACGGCAUUUUGUGAAGAAUAUACCAACCCGCGGAAAACGGCGGGUUGCUUUUUAUACAAGGUUCAUGCAGGAAUUCCGGAUGAAAUCAAACAGGUUAGAGGAACGUAUGUAGACCCAAGACUCGUAAACUAUAUAGCAAUGUGGGCUUCUCCAAAAUAUUGUAUAGCAGUUGGAAAAAUUCUGGACUCCAUAGACAAGAAAGUUCAUGAGAAGUUAGAUGAAGAAGAACUUGAAGAUACAGUAGAGAAUGCAAAACCUUUGUUCGAAGAAGAAGUUAGAAAAAUGCAUGAAAAACAAAUAGAACAUGAACGUGAGAUAUGUUCUGGUUAUAGAGAUUCUCCAUACGAACUAGACCAAUGGGAACAAGAAGAUUUAAAGAGAGAAUUUAGAGAAUAUGAACUCGCUAAGAUAGCAUUAGAAGCUGCAGAAAAGAAGUUAAAAGUUUGGGGUCGUUUUGUACAAAAAUAUUGUGAGUAA